AUGGAAGAUAGCUUUGGAGGCAGUUCCUCAAAGGACAAGUGCAGCAUCAAGGAACAAGACCAGUUGUUGCCAAUAGCCAAUGUUGGUCGGCUCAUGAAGCAGAUUAUGCCGCAGAAUGCAAAGAUCUCGAAGGAAGCAAAAGAGACAAUGCAAGAAUGUGUGUCGGAGUUCAUAAGCUUUGUGACAAGUGAAGCUCGGAGAAAGACAAUGAAUGCUGAUGACAUUUGCUGGGUAUUGGCUACGCUAGGAUUUGAUGACUAUGUUGCACCAAUGAGAAGGUACUUGCACAGAUAUAGAGAGCUUGAGCUAGACCGUAAUAAUAGUAAGCUCAAUCAUCAUGAAAGAUAA